ACGGUGAUUUUAAAUGCAGGUUAUUUCAAUCUGUCUGCGCACUGUGCCAUAAAAACCCGUCAUUCUCAGUGUAGGUCCUGACUAGCCAACGAGUGGUUCUGUUUAAACGUACCAGACGAUUCAUUACAUCUUUGAAAAUGGCGGCUCCUCCUCCUGCAUACGGUGGUCCACCUCCCCCAGCGGGACACGGUCCGCCACCCCCGGGUGCAGGAUACGGCCCUCCUCCUCCUGGCGGAGGAUACGGUCCGCCACCCCCGGGAUAUGGUUAUCCUCAGCCAGGUUACGGGGCCCCGGUGGCGCAACAACAGUCCAAUGUUGUCGUGGUACAGGGAGGCGGUACUAAUACGGUUAUAAGCGAGAGAAAGAGAAGAUUCCAUGAAGAAACCUGCUUGAAUCUGAUUAUUACUCUGCUUUUCUGGCCGUGGAUAAUUGUGUGGAUAUGUCUGGUAAGUACGCAGAAAAAGUAACCUACACUGUACAUACGUCAACUUUUAAAUGGACAUUAUACGAGUAAAAGGCUCUAGACUUGAAUUCUGGGACAAGGUUAUAAUCCUCGAUUUGGUUAAGAAAGUGAAUUUGAAUUCCUAUAAACAUUUCACCUCCCAAGCCAGUAGCGGAUCUAGAGGGGGGGGGGGUAUACCUCUUCCUAAAUUGUAGAUUGUCGCGUUUCACAAAUUAUCCGUUUUCUCGGGUUGGAUUCGUUGAUCGGUAAUCUUACUCAAAUAAAACAUAUUACCAGAUUCUUUGUUGUUGAAACUUCACAGUAAGAAAUAAACACAUUAAAUAAUAAUUUCAUUAUUUUCAUUUUUUAAUUUAGCAAUGAGCGUUCAUGUCUGCAGUUUGCAUUGUUGACGAACACCUUGUCAUGAUUAUAGCUGAAGAGCAACUGAAACUCGUGUAUAAGAAAGUCAAAUACCAAUAAACACGCAAUAAG